AUGUUUCGUACCAUGAGCGGCAGCCGGUCUGCAGAGCUUGACCCGCUUCCAGACCAAGGCCGGGCUCAGAACACGGGCCCGGACCUCCGUCGCAGCCGCAGCGACUCUCUACGACAUCACGAUGCGUCUCCUGGCCCGGCCACCAGCCGUCCCUAUGCCCAACUUCGACAUGCGACUGCCGACUUUACAGAAGCUGACGACGACGAAGAUGACGAUUCCAAUGAAGACGGCGGCAUUGGCAAUGGCUCUCAAUCGGGUGGCGAUCAACCUCCCGAAGAUGAGGACGGAGACAGGCGAUCUUCACAAGUAUUGCCCCUCUUCUCGGCAUCACACUUGGACUCACUCCCGGUCUACAACAUCGUGCACGCCAUACGCAUCAUUGUCCAGACUCGCACAGAUACCAUGCUGACCUGGGAGCAGCUACGCUCUCCGCAAGUGUCCCAAUUUCUCGUCAAGCCUAUGCAGCAACUGGUCCGCGCCCACCAUUUCUCUCGCGCAACGCUGUAUGCCCUCAUGGCAAACUGUCUCCAGUUCUGCAAGGAAGGCCAGCUUUCCCCCGGAAACGCCGGCACAUGCAGCACCCGAGGCAAGGUGUGCGAGCUUCUGGCCAUCAAGCUGCUCAAGGAAUACUCCACGCGCGAGCUGAUCGAUGCCCUCUCCUACGACUUCAACCCGCUGCAAGGCAUCUCGGCCGGCCCGCAGUUCCAGCUGCGGCUUGCCAACACUGCCCGCACCUCGACCCUGGAGGUGGCCAUCCGUGCCAAUGCAAAGCAUUUCCUCGCCCAUCCUCUCGUCGUCCAACAGCUCGAGGCCAUAUGGAAUGGCGCCAUCAGCUUCUACUCGUCGGCAGAUUAUCUGCAUCGUGACGCAGGAAAAACACCGGCCACCGCCCCCGGACCGGCAUCGGCUGCCGGGAGUAACCAAGUCUGGACACGCAACAGACCCAGCACACGGGGGCCUGCUCGACGCGGCAGCAAUGAUCCUCGUACGCCUCUGCUUUCAGUAAACAACCAGAUCCCUGCCUACAACGGCCAGCAACAGCACCAGCCAGGGAAAGAGGAACAGGGCCGUCAUGUGCAGUCUCAGCUUCAGCCUCAGUCAGAUCUGCCCCGACGGCGCACUGUGACGCUAUACAACCCCCGGAAUGCGUCUCUGUUCAAGCUGUCACGACUGCGUGUGCCCCGCUAUCGUCAGUUUCUGUCCACCUGCUCGCUGGCCGUCCUGAUCGCUCUCUUCCUUGCCGUCUUGGUGCAGCGCUCCAGCCGCAUCACCACCCUCGAGCUGAUCUUCUGGUUCUGGAGCGCCGGCUUCAUGCUGGACGAGCUGGUCGGCUUCACCGAGCAGGGCUUUUCGCUCUACAUCAUGAGCUUCUGGAACAUCUUCGACCUCGGCAUUCUUCUGCUGCUCAUCUUCUACUACUCCCUCCGUGUCUGUGGUGUCUUUCUCGCCGAUGCCCAGCGAUGGAACGACAACGCCUACGACAUACUCGCCGCCAACGCCAUCUUGCUGCUGCCUCGCAUCUUCAGCGUCUUGGACCAUUACCAGUACUUUUCGCAGCUACUCAUAGCCUUCCGGCUCAUGGCCGUGGACUUGGCCGCCGUAUUUGUGCUCAUCAUAGUCGCCUGUUCUGGCUUCUUUGUCUUUUUCACGCUUUCCCACAACGACACCGCUGAUCCCAGCGAGGUCGCGUACAAGAUAUUUCAGAUCAUUAUGGGCUUCACGCCAGCGGCUUGGGAAGUCUGGGUCACCUACAACUUCCUCGGCAAAGUCAUUAUGGGCUUUUUCCUCAUUCUCUGCCAUUUCGUUAUUGUCACAAUCCUCGUCACAGUCUUGUCCAACUCGUUUAUGGAAAUUGCGUCAAACGCAAACGAAGAGCAUCAAUUUCUCUUCGCAAUCAAUACCAUCUCUAUGGUAAAAAACGACGCGCUUUUCUCCUACGUUGCGCCAACCAAUAUAUUUGCAUGGAUGAUGAUGCCCUUGCGCUACUGCAUGCCUCUGCCCCAUUUUGUGGCGCUCAACCGGCUCGUCAUCAAAAUUACGCACUUCCCCCUGCUCUUCGGCAUCUUCUUCUACGAAAAGUUCGUUCUAGCGCCGUUCAUGUACGAGCCUACUGAUCUAGUUGAGGACUCGAAUCGGGCAAGACAGCGUAUCAUUUCAUUUGCCGACCCGGGAGGUCGUGUCGCCCUCUUCAGUCCCAGCAUUCGCCUUCGCGAGGAAUCCGUUGUUGGGUAUCAGAAGGACCGUGCUCUCGAUGAAGUAUUCCGGCGGACUCCCGACAUCGCUAGCCUGCGGACACAUAGGCGUAACGAACGACGCAAGACGCAGACGGCCGUGCGCAACUGGAUGGAUCACAAUGACGGACUCACCGUUUCGAACUAUUCGACCCUAGAUAGCAUCAACAUACAGCGGGAGAGGGGCCCGCACAGAUUCCGACACAUUUCAGAGGUCCGCUCAGCAGCAAGUGAUCCUGCUGAUCUCAUGUCGCUGUCUGCCUUCCACGUCCCGAGAGAGGUGAACAGCGAAGAACGACUGCGCGGGCCCUUUGAUAUCGCUUUCAAAGAUCAUACCACAGACGCUGAGGGCGAUGACGAGCUGGUAACCAAUGAUGAGGAUGAAGACAACACGACAAAUGCAGGCGACAUGGGUGGCACGCCUGUCCGAAAUCAGACAGAGACAGAAGACGAAGACAGCGGCGAUAGCGACGAAGUAGACGGUGCAUUGAUUCCUACACCAAUAGCAUCCCGUUUCCGAGAUAUGGCAGCUCGAUCUCCCGCGUCUACAGAGGGUUCUGGGCAUGAGGACAAGACGAACGAAGCAAGACGCCGGGACGAGAUGAUGUCUUCUCCUCCCAGGCCCAGCUCCUCUCGCAAAGCACUGCAUUCUCGGGCUAUCUCUACUAAUACGAUUUUGUUUAAACCACCUUCGGUCCAUUCGGGAGCCGAAAACGCCGUCACGCCUCAGUCACCAAAGAUGGUUUCUCCCCCAUCACCGAGUCCGGCUAUGCAGUCCCGAUCUCGUCCCCGGACUGCAGGCACUUCGGGAGCAUCCUCUCCAGCCCAAAAAUCAUCAAGGCGGUCUGUUCAUCAAUCAAGCUGGCCGCAGCCGAUUGGCCCGCCCAAGGAUCAGACGAAGCCGUCCUUGAGUCGGGCCACGGGCACUUUCUCGAGUAUGCCGCAGCUUGAUACACCCGUUCGCCGGGCACAGCGGAGGAUGUCAUCGAUCGACGCCAGCUUAGAGGUGUCUUCGGAUCUGGCGUCUGCGAUUGGCGCCCCACUAGCCGACGACGCUGCCUUUGCUACGCUGUCGGGCAGCUUUACCUCGCAGCUGGCAUUGGCACAUGCGAUUAAUGCGCGGACGAACGGGGAGAACGACCGCGAUCGUGACCGCAUGAGCCGACUGGUGCUGGCCAGGAUGAAGACGCUGGAAGAGAGCUUCACCGACGUCGUGCGCGAGCUGCGUUCACUACAGAAACAGCAACUGCAGCACCAUCAGACGAUGAGCGAGAAGUCGGGCAGCAGUGUGCCCACUUCCGAUAUAGAAUAUGCCACUGCCGCCCGCGAGCACGGAGGUGGUGCCAGGAGCAGCGGGUCCCGCACUCCGGCGGACCAAAUCUUGAUGAUGACGGAGAUAGCGCCAGCGCCAAGCAGUGGCAAUGCUCGCAGGCGUGUGGCAGGAAGUGGCAGCAGCGGCAGCGACAGCAGAAGCCGGCUGGGCACAGCCGGGCCUGGAAAGAAGGCGAAAGGCAAGGAGGUGGAGCGGCCUGUUAUUGAUGAGAUCGGCGAGUACGAAAGUUUUUCCAGAUCAGGUUGA